AAUGGCACUGCUCAAAGUUUCAUCUGCAGAAGUUCUUCCUGGUUGUGCCAUCAGAUUAUUUGGUCCCAGAUCCAUGUUAAGUUUUCCAUACUUCCGUUUAUAAAGAAACGCCGGAACUAGAACAAUAUUGUGAGACCUUUGGUGAAGUGGAGUUUUUUUAUGUGCAUACAAAAGCUUGGUAACGAGAGUACCCGGCAUUAUUCACAACGGAUAAUAUAACCUCAUCUUUACUGGAUUUGGACCAUUUGGACCACUAAAAAUCUAUUAGUUUGACUAGUUUCAACACAGCCAUAAUUUCCAUCGUAAAGCAAUACGAAUUCUAAUCAACCUGAAACCGGGGAUACUCAUCGUAAACCGUGCACGUUAACGUGAACUGGUAUAUGAAACAUAACGGGACUGAUCGCACUUAAAAUUGUUUUUGUCAUUCCAUCUUCCAUCCAAUUUCGUGCAUGCGAACCGAGUCUCAAGAAGGGAAACCUUAUUCUCGCCUUCUGCAUGAUCCUCAUCUCACAAAGUCAAGAAAGGAAGUCAUAAACGUGUUUACUAGUAGGUCACUAGUCUACAGCCAAAUUUUCGACACUGGACUUCCAUGUGAUGAAAUAUGCACAUUGUUCUUAGUUCGUAUCGUUCAUCAAAUGUGAGAGAAAAAUAACAAUUGUUCGAGAGGAGGUCUUUCCUUGAAUUGAGAUUAAAGGAACGUGAACACUGAAGUGCGGUGAGAGAAUUUGCGACAGUAAAGUGUCUCAUGUAGAAGAAUCGUUUUAAGGAUUUUCCCAGAAAAAACUUACCUUGUUUGACAUUGGUGUUACUAAUAUGUUGAAAUUAUUGUGAACGUGAAUUUAUAAUUUAGCACAAGUUUGUCUGAGGUGUCAUCCCGUUGAAAAUUGUGUUGAGAAGCUACAUACGUAUUCAUGUGCAUAUCUUGAGUCAACAUUUUUUGUUCAAGCUCACAACAUCGAAAUAAGUAAUAAAAUAAAACGGGAAUAUUCAUGUUCUUUCAACAAUCUUGCUAAACCUGAGACUUGUGGCUGUUAAAUAAAAUACUUGCCGACAAUCCAAGUGCCAUGUUUUAGUGUGGUUUUUCUGUAUUGUAGCGAGACGUUUUUCUGCUAAAACGAUCAUAGACUGACACAACAUUACAAUUCCGACCGAGUACAAUGUGCAAAAAUAUUAUACGGAUAAUUGUGCUGUGACUACAUGCAUAAAAUGCAUAACGGCGGAUGACGGACCGCAAUUUAAUGGUGCUAAAUAGUUUAGAAAGAAAUACACGUGCUCUAUUCCAAAUCUUGACAUUUUAUGUUUCUAAAUUUAUUAAAUAACUUUAUUUCCAAAAUUAUGACAUAAACCGCAAAUCCUUGUGACACAACUGUCACAAACUCACACAGAGUGUUGUAGGCUUAAGUGCCUUGAGAUGCCGGCAGAUUAAACGGCUUUAUUGUCUUUGUUUUUAUGAAAACAAAGGAUUUUAAGUGAAUUCGUCAGGUGUGACCAAGCCGAAAAGGAUGAUGAUAACAGGGCCAUUCCACAUACUUGAAGUAAUAAAUAAUUACACACAGCUAUAAACUUUGUUGUGUUUAUGUCUUUGUGGUCUUUCCCGGAAUAUAAAGUAUAAAAUUUGAGAAUUUUUCAAAGUGACGGGUAUUGACUUAAAUGUGUCAUAAAUGAAUUUGGAGACACAGGAUAUUCACAAAGUUGAAAUUGGGAAAUGAGAAAGGUUGGAGUCGCAUUCUUGAGAAUGAAGAAAAUCGAUGGCUCUUGGGAAAACACUUCAUCUAAAAAUAAUUCAGCAAGGAGUCGUAUACAUAAAUUCUAAAUAUUAAGGAUUGAAAAUUAAAGCAAACUCAUCAAUUUUAAUCUUGAAAAGGCUUUCGAAUUCCAUUGAAACAAUUCACCUCAUUAAAAGUCAGCCCCACGAUCGCUUCAAUCAACCCUCAAUUCUUCAGUAUUACCCGAAGCUAUUCAGAAAUGCAGAUAAAGUUGCAAUAUUAGUGUCCCCAGAAUGAGGGACUACUUUGAUCCAAUUUAUUACACCAGCAGCGUAAAGGGACCUGAGCCCUACCAGGGUAGUCGACCAGUCAAGAAGAGUCACUCUGUGGUUGGUCGAAGCAGUGGGAGUGGCAAUGUCAUUGGUAGGUUCUUAAAAUUGGGAAAGUCAAAAAGUGAUGUCCACGGAAAGGGUCGGCCAGCAUCUGUCAUCGGUGACCUGGAGGAAGAUUUUCGUCUUUCUCCAUCAGUGCUAAAUCGACGUGGCCCAGUUGAGAAAAUGGUUCAUAAUUCGCGAAAGGACGUUUCGAGAUCUCACUCUUGGAUUUAUGGUUCCGUUAAGUUGCCAUCAGAUUUGCCAUUUGGAUAUGGUUAUGCCAAUGGGUUUGGGAGUGGUAGCAGCCCCUCCGGAAGUGACAGCAACAGUGGGGGAGCUGGGUCGCCUGGGAACCACACCCACAACGUGGCAGCGUUGCAAAUUCCCCGGUGCCAAGUGUCGGACUAUUAUGCAUCAACGUGUGAGUGCUCGGGCGAGUUUGAUUUUCUUGGGAGAAACAGCUCGAGUGGGAACAAACCUUGUAAAGCAUGUGCAUAUGAAUGGGCUUUGAAUGGGGGGAAGAAAAACCGAAAAGGGGAUUCUGCAACGGAGAACAGCGCAAAAACAUUUGCCAAUAGCGUGAGAAAACUCACGUGGAAGAGCUUAAAACAAGCAGUUAAAAAACGCCCAAGUCUCGAUUACAUGAAGAAGCAGGGAGAACUACGUGUGGGUGUUGGAGGAGGUUAUGAAAGUCAACAAAUCCCAUUUUUCUCUCCGGGGGCAGAAAUGGAUAAUAUGGACCCCAACGGGAUCGAUGUGCAUAGUCGAAUGAAUGGAUUUUUUAGCUACUCCUCUCAACAUGCAUUUUCCGCAGAUGACCUCCAGCCUAGUUAUUUUUUCCCAGAAAAGAAAAAUAUGUAUGCAAGUUGCACAGAUAUUUUUAGAGAUAACAAUAACGGUAUCUCGGGAACCACGGCGUCGGUUAGAGUUAGGCCAAAACCAUCUCGCCAAUCCUGGCAAUUUAGUAACGAAGAAGCAGGACCAGUGCCCAACUAUCAAGAUAAUGGCGUUUAUCAUUCUGAGUGGGAUUUGAGGCAGUGUAUUCCUUACGAUGUGUGGGUCAACACGACGUCAAAUGUCAAGCCAAGGACAACAAUUCCACCACAAAGGCCCAGGGCCCCGAUCCAAGCAGACUCCACAAGUCGCAACAGUUCCCUUUCCAAAAGCACAUCUGUCCCGUACUUGUCAGAAAUUAGCGGACCUUCCCUUAAAGGACGAAAGGAGCACGUUUCCACUUCUAACCUUAAGGUCAAGUCGACUAGUUCAAAUGCUGUCAACCAGCGCUAUAAUUGUGCCAGUGAUACCAUCAGCCUUCGAAGUGUUGAUUCAUCGGCGAAGUCUAUAGGCUCCGGAUCAUGCAGACAAAACAACGGGGUUAUUAAGCGGCCCAGCAUCUUGUCCACGGAUGUGAAUGCCUACCAAUUGUUGAAAGCUCAGACCAAAACUGCCAAAAGUCAAAAUUCUUCCUCUGCUCAACCCUCCCCUGCAAUAAUUGACGACGGUUUAACCAGUUCGAGUGAUGACUUGAGUGAUAACGCCUUGACCUCCGACAGUCGGUCGGUCGGUAUGAGGAUCGCAGGUCAAAAAAUGUACAUGCCACCAAAUAAAGGAGUGACGCAACCAUCUUCUGCAAUCUCGUCAUCUUUUUCCAACGGGAAAUGUAAUGGAGAGAAUAGAAUGAACGGAGCUGGUAAAAAUUUGAAUAAAAGAAUCGCCGUGAGACAAGGCAGCCUUUCUUCGGGAGAUGAAUGGUCAGAUGAGAUGGAGCAACAGAGUCUUAUUAUGAAUAAAAAUAAGCACGUGCCAAUGAGUCGUGACCGAAAUUUGCAGCAAUUUCCCGAUAAGGCAAACAAAGACUUAAUAAUCAAUAGCAGUUCUAACGGGGAUAGACGAAAUCCAAAAACUGGCCAAAACAAUAAUAAUAAAGCUCAGCAGCAACAGCAGCAACAGCAGAACCACCAACAACGUCGAGGUGGAAAUCAAAUUGGGACGCGCACUAGUCUUGAUAAUGGUAUUUACAAUAAUCACCACCAGGAAAGUAAUGACUGUCAAUCCAAUAUCAAUAUUAAUAAUGAUAGCAUGAUUGUAAAUUCUGAUAAAACAGUCAGAUCAAACCAUAGCUUAUUAUUUACGAAUACCAGCACCAGCAACUAUGAUAAUCAAUGUCAAACACAACGUGACUGCGACGACGAAGAAAAUUAUCAAGUCGAGUUUGAAGAAUUUGCUUUCGAGGACAGCGUUAAAUCGAGUGAUUCGACCAUGGAGUCAAAGCAGGCAAAGGCACACCUCACAAAGAGUGGCGAUGAUCUUGCUUCUAAAUAUGUUAACGGAAUGGGUGGCCGAUAUGAUAACAUGACUUCAAAAGAGAAACAGCGCACUUUCAUUAAAAAUGGACAAAAUGCUAACAAACGCUCUCCAACCUGUGUUUCCACACAAGUUACAACGGAAGUAUCACAUGCUACUUUGGAAAGUAAUUAUUCAAACACUAACAAACCAAACAACCAUCCCAGCAAAUUUAGUGCAUUACGCAGAAGAAAGAGUAGAAAUGGCAGCAACAACCCUGGCAAAUUGUUGAGAGAAGUCAUUUAUGAGGAAGAAAUGGAACAUGACCACAUAACACCAAAGGAAGUCUCGACUUCGAAUGUCCCAUCCAUCAGUGCCACCUCUAAAUCCAACAAGAAUUAUGCCGUAAAAAUUGUCGUGCCUGGAACAGUGACCGAGUAUGUAAAACCCAUUUUAAAAAAUCGCGAAAGGAUUUACGAUGCACCGAUGAAUGGUGGCAGCAAUGAAAAUAAUAAGGAUCAUUACGCCUCCACCAAUUAUGGGGCUAACGAUGGCAUUUAUUUCGACUCUUCCGUCUCAACGACUUCCACGCUGAAGAAGAAAGUGCAGUUUGAUCAGGAUAGGGUGAUUGUGUGUGGUGGUGACAGUGGCCCCGAUUCUGACGACUGUGGGAUUGACGAAGGCCAGGAUUACUAUGACCAUAAUCAAGAGAAAUCCGUGGAAGAUGAAGGUGGUGAUUACGAUAAUGAAGAAACAACCAGUUGCCCAAAUAAUAAUGACGAGACUAGUGGCGUUUGUAAUCAACGAAAUGGGGAGAUUCCUAAUCAAAAACAGCAUCAAAGUAAUAAGGAAAGUGGAAGUGUCGGUUUAAAAUCCAAUUUAUCAAGAAAAUCAGCGUUAAGUGAUAGUCAUGAUAAUUCAAGUCAAAAUCAAUCAUCGGCAGAAAUUAGACAAAAAACCAAAUCCACUUUUGAACAGGAAGUUGCACGGAAAGCAGCUUCGUUUGCCAGGAGCAGGAAACUCGCUGAGGAGGUUGAAGCCAACAAGCUUCACAAUAAUAAUCCUACUGCCGAUACCACUGCCGUUGUUGUGUCCAAUAACGAGGAAUGUUUUGAUCAAGUCAACAACCUUGGUUCUCAAGCACUUGAUGAGGAUCAGUCGCGGUUCACAUCAACUAAUAAUCCGGCUUUUUCCUCUUCUUCAACGAGCCUGACAAAUAGGAAGAGCAGUUUGAAGAGCAAUUGGAAAUCACCCGUCAUCAACUUAUCAACUGCUUCCCAAGGAACAACAACUACUACAAUUCCUGAUCCUACUCAACAAAUCCUGCCAAAAAGUAGAGAUAUCACAAUUGCAAAGGAGCGAAUCUUUGUCAAAAACUCCAAGGCAGCGUCUCAUGGCGUUGCUUCUCAAAUAAUGAAGGCGAAACGAAUUCCGCCUGGUGGAAAAUUAAGCCCUGCUAACGAUGCACCCUACCAGCCAGAGAAGAUCAUAAAUCCAAACUCACUUCUUUUUAACGACACCACCAGAAUUCGGCUGAAUCAAUCGAGACCAUCGCUGAAUGAGACAUUUCAAUUGAACUUAUCUACAAAUGGCAAUACUAGCGGAACCCUCACCAGCGGUUCAUCUUCCUCCACUGGGGGCAGAGGGAUUCGGCUCAAACAAUCGAGCUCAUUUAGAACAUUGGGCUCAUCGCCGUUGCGUCCCAGGGAGCCACCACCACCACCUCCUCCUACUGCUAGCGCUACUUUAAAUACGAAACAGACCAUCAACACCAAAAGUAGUUCAACCUCAUCGAAACGACUCCAGAUGAACAUUUCCUCGUCAAUUUCAGGCCAAUUAGACAAACUGCUGACCAAAUCUUCAAGCACGAAUCAAAUCUAUGGUAGCAACUUGAGUUUGAAUGGAAAUCGAUUACACCUCUCAAAAUCUCUGAUUUCUCUUCCGAUGGAUUUGCAAACAACUUCAAAUCAAGCCUCACGCGUGAUAAAAAACCAGAACACACACGGGCAAAAAGCUAAUGCAAGUCCUAUUAGUAAUCAUAAUAAUAGUAAUAAGGGUUCUGGUUUUGAGGCAAAUGGCACAAAAACCUCAACUCGAGCUAGUCUAAAGAGUAAUGUUGAUUGCAAGAAAAUUGACGGUAAUUCAAAUAGUGGAAGAAGUAAGAGUUUGACUGACAGGUGUGAAGCUUUGGAUAAGAUGCUUGGCAAUAACACGGCAGGAACCAAUACUGCACUCAAUAAUUCUGCUUCCUCAGCUAAUAAAAACGCCAAUAAUUCUCGCUCUAAUCUGCUGCACAAUAAAAGUGAGGAAAUUGUGCAGACGAAUCUCAGCCAAGGGAAAAGGGGAAAUCUCAAGUCGAGUAGUAGCGUUGCGAAUGCUGCCAAGCCAAAAUCUGCUUUAGCAAAAUCAUCCGAAAUAGCGAAGAGCAUGAACGGUCACAGAUCAUCAUCAUCACAAGCAGCCGAUUGUCAGAAUGACGAGCACAAUAUUGAAAUUGUGACAAAGGAGAAUGCAGUUAGUGAAAUUCGGAUAUACUCAGUUGGCACGAGUGCCAUUGUUAUCCCAACAGGUAAUGGCAUGGCUGCAAACAAUGAGCCUCCCACCGGCAGAGACAGCCAACUUGGUGGCAAAGGCGAAGUCAGUAAACAGGAAAUGCAUUAUGCCGCAACCGACAUUUGUUCUCAGCAGAGGAAUAAUGCUAAUAGUGCACAAUUUCUUCGGCAGCCGCCACCUCCACUGCCCCCCAUUUCACAAGACGCUCGCAUUUCCACACAGCCAACGCGACCUCAAUCCACUUCCGUUGUGCUCAUCGUUGACAGUUCCAAACAAAACAACGGGCUGGGUAACGGCAGCAAGGUCACUGAACAAUCCUCGCCUUUGACCUAUAGCCAGCCCAUUGACUCACUCUCUCGUAACAACAUGCCAUCCAAUUACCCACCUUUACCCCUGCAGAGAGAGUCUCACAGCGCUCUUCCCACCUCCAACCCUUACGAUUCUAAUCCUAAUGCAGAUGAUGAACCCAUGUACGAUGAUGUAAUUCACCACCAGCAGCACCACAAUUCAACCGCAGACAAACCUAAUUCUAAUCAUAAUCUUAAUAGCAAUAAUAAUGGUUCUUUGGGACGCAAAUUUUUAAUGGCAUCGCUAAGUUCAAUGAAUCCCAUCAGAAAGCAAGUUCAGGAUAAUUCUGCAGAAAAGCAUGUCCCAGUAAUAACAACAGGACACGUUGUCUCAUCGACCUUACCGUGCAUGGCCUGCCCACCAUCCUUGCCACCUCCUAAUCUGCCUUCGAAAAAUUUGUCAGAAUUUACCAAUCGACCCGUCAUAAUUAAGGAGGAUGAGGGGGGACAGCCGCGGGGUUCUUUUGGCGAGAUGACAAAUGAUCAAAGUUUAGACGAAGAGGUUGAUAAUCUCUACAAUGAUAUCUCUGAAGGAGCGACAAGCCGUGGGGCCAAAUCUCUGCAAUCCUUCGCCAGCAGUAUGAAGGGUGCUUUACUAAAUGCAAUUAAGAAUAUGGAUUUUGACAGGCGAUCAGUUAUCAGCAGUGGCAAUGCGUCCAACCAUUCGGGUGGCAGUCAAAAUCACAAUAAUGUCAAAUAUGAUUGCAAUGAUGCAGGAGAAGGAGAGAGUUGUAAUCUUGACAAUUUCAUCUAUGAUGACACGCUGUCUUUGCGGUCAGAAAAUAGCGACACCAAAAGCAGCAUCCACAAAUCUUUCGGUUCCAGUCAUUUCAAGUCAUCAUUUGACUCUUUUUCUCUAAAAAGCAGCAACACGUCUCACUUUCCUCCACCACCUUCAUCCAUUCGAAGCAACUCUUCUACAAUCAAACAACUGAGCAAUUUAGAGGAACAGGAUGAGACUGACACAGAUCCACUGUAUGAUGACGUCAUUAGCUAUUCCUUGGUCAAGUCUAAAAAUGGGGUGGUAAUAGACACAUCGCAUUCAUCAGACUCAGGGGCUGAAUCAGAGGAUGCCAUUCCGCCCCCACUGCCUGCACAAGGACCACCAAAGAUAUCAACAGAACUACCGCUUCUCACCUUCCCUCUCUUGCUUAACAGAUCCAACAAUUCUACUCUCAACAGUACGAAUAACAACAGCUCCUCACUCAAUGCAGAGAAAAUUAGUGGUGACAUUUUGUCUCCUUCGUCGCAACAAAAAAGCUACCAAAGCCUGAUAACCGGAGCUGGGAGCGUGAAAGCCGAUGUUGAUGCAGUGAUUCGAACCAGAUCACUCUUGAGCGAAUUGAAUGAAAAGCUAUCUCAGCUCAACAGCCUCGCCGAAGAAACAACUGCUAGCUCAAUAGGCUCAAAUGCGGGCGAUAAAAAUCGUUUGGAAUUUUCGACGUAUUCUCCAACUAAGAAUAACGUCUCAUCAAGUUCAAGCUCUGGAGUUGAAGAGGAUUAUAAUUCCGAAAAGAAUUAUUCCUUUUCCAACAGUAGCGAUGGGGCAUCAGGAUCUUCGUCCUCUGCUGAGGAAAAUUAUAAAUUGGCACAAGUAACAAAGUUGGUGGCGGAAAAUAUCACAAUGGCCCGAGGAAAGUUUCUAGAUUCAAUGAAGACCAAUUCGUUGCAAUCUAAUCUAAACUCCCCCGCAAAUCUUAAAAAUGCGAUGCUAUCUUCUAAUGGAACAAGUCGUCCUGUCAGCCGUGAUAGUGGGAGUAGCCCCAGCGCUAGUGGACCACCGAUGGAUGAACCGAUUUAUGAAGAAAUUGGAGAUAUAAAUCGAUCGCACUCGCCAAUUUAUGCUGAUGCAUUCGACGCUAAGAGGAUUUUUGAUGGUGGGGCGUCCAAAAACGAAAUACUUUCUUUUUUAGAGUCAAUUCGAGAUAGGCUCACUUCUGAUUCAAAUUCUUCCAAUGGAAGUCAGUCCUCGUCAGUCAGUUCUAAAAAGGGACAAGAUUCAAAUUACUUGGUGGAAGAAAAUCUUUCCUCGUCCAUUGUAAUUGGAGAAAUCUGUCAUCUUCCCACCCACGCAGAAGAGGAUUCCGAAGAGAUUGUUACUCAAAACAAACUUGUGCUAAGAAAAAUUUGUCCAGAUUGUUAUUGUAAUGAUGUCCCCGUCGACGACAAGGAUGAGGAAGAACGGAUCACAAUCGAAGAUGACAAAAUUUCACAGAGUUUGUGUCCUUCUUGUAAUCGUAAAAGAAGUGAAAGGAAGGAAAUCAUUACUGAAAUUUACGAGACUGAAAUGAAGUACGGACGAGAUCUGCAAAUUAUUUUGGAAGAGUUUUAUAAACCAAUUCAGAUUGCUGGACUUUUGAACAAGGAACAAUUGGACCAAAUUUUUCUAAACACAGGAGAAUUAAGUGAAAUUAGUUCCCAGUUGACCAUGCUUCUCAAAGCAGAGAUCACAUCUGCCAUUGUCGAACGGAAAGAUGAAGACUUGGCCUCCGUUAAUAUUGGAAAAAUAUUUUUGGACAUUGGUGAAAAGAUGAUGAUGGCUUUCCAAACAUACUGCACACGUCAGGCAAAUGCUGGUGCCUUGUUGGCGCAACUUGAGAAGGAGAAAGAGUUGUUGCGAAUAUUUCUUCGCGUUUCCCAACUUGAGAACAUAGCACUGAGAAGAUUCAGUUUACCAGCGUUUUUAAUGACUAUAGUUCAACGGGUAACUCGAUAUCCACUUUUACUGUCGCGACUUCUUAAAGCCACUCCUUUGGACCAUUUUUCGCGAGACGACCUACAAUCUGCUCAUGAGAAAAUCGAGUAUCACUUGGAGCAUAUGAACAAGGCAACCCGUGAAGUCUCUAGUGUGAAGUUGUGGAGGCGAAUUUCCAUUAUCAACGGCAACAGCACACCUUUGCCUCGGAGAUCAAAUAACGACUUGGAAGGAGCAUCAGUUAGCAUAAAGAAGAUGUCGAUUGACGUUCUUGACUGGACCAGUCUCACAGACAUAACAUGUGUCAUUGACAAUCAGCUUGGCGUAUUUCAAUUCAAUGGGAAACCACUUCGAGGAAUCUACGCUUGUCUUCUUGUCCGAGGAAAGGACAUGGAAGCAUUAUCCUGCAAAAUGGACAAUGAAAUGUUUUUCCCACCAGCCGAAGAUAUUGUAAAGGAAGUCAAGCUAGUACUAGUCAGGGUGAAAAAUACGAGAUUCUGUCUGCUCAGGGAACCCUUGUGCCUUGCCAACUGUGUGGUUUCCCAAGGAGAAAAUGAGUUCCAGGAUUUUGUCGAGAUUAACGAAAUUACGUCCAAGAAUACAUAUCACCUACAGGGAAUUGAUAAACAGGCCACUUCAGCUUGGCUAAAGUACCUUCAGUGUUACAGUCUUUGUGUCGGGCAGUGGAGGCGACGAAGAGGAGCACUGGCCAACAUUAUGAUGAACGGAAUGUUGAAAAAUUUGUGAACUGACCUGUUCAGUGUCACUGACAAUAAAUACCAUAAUUUCAGCGUAUCUUCUCUUACUCUAUCUUAAUUCUGAAGAAAUGACUCUGACGACAGAACCAAUGAUUUGGUGUCAAAAAAGUCAGAGCACGAUUUUUGUAUUUUUAGAUGUUUGUAUUGCCAUAAUAUAAUUAAAUAUUUAAUAAUCUUAUAGCUUAUCUACAUGUAAGAGGAUAUGUCAAAUAAUUAAUGUUUACUGACCGAACCUAUAACAUAACCAAUAAUUGGUCAACUAAGUUUUGCAGACUGCGAACCUAUUUAUUUCAUUUAAUUUUAUCCCAUAUAUGUCAAUUUAACUGUAUAUACAUAUAUACUUAUUCUAUUCAUUUUUACGAUUUUUACAAACAUUGAAUAAAACUCGCACGCUUUUAUCAGUA